AUGGGGAGAACUCCUGGUCUCUUCGUGAUCUGUCGACACGGAAUGUACUUUAUCGGCGGCAAGAAAAAAACUACGAAGAGGCUCAUCCAGGCUGCUCUGACUGAUCUGGGUAUGCAGUUUUCUGGAUCCAAAGCUGAAGGCGACCAAUUCUUCACGGUUGUUCCUUUACCAGACAUGACCGCGCAACCUGGCGAGCCCGCAAAUGGGUUAUCAACACAAACAAGCCCGCGCUGGAGUAUAAAGUACGCACACGUUAAGCAAUUCUGCCGGAUCAAGUAUCAGUUGCGACCUGUUGGUAUCGAGCUCUUCGACACAUUUGGUUCUACUUCCUUCCUUCAAUUGCAGUCGUCUGCUGAGCGAGAAGAAGUUGUCAAACUUCUCUUCCAAAUGCCAUUGGUGAAUAGUAUCUUCUGGAGCCCCGUUCUUCGUAGGGGGGCAUUAGUCCCAUCGAUCAAGAGGAUACGCCAGACAGUCACAAAACGAUGGUUGCGUGGGUCUAUCACCAACUUUGAGUAUCUGAUUCACUUGAACACAUUGGCCGGACGCAGCUUCAACGACAUCACGCAAUACCCAGUGCUCCCUUGGGUAAUCGCUGAUUAUACUAGCGAAUUUCUCGAUCUGGAUGCAAGCGAAACUUUUCGGGAUUUGUCCAAACCAAUGGGGGCGAUUAGUGCGAACCGUGCAGCUCAGUUUUGUGAACGAUAUGCGUCCAUGAGCCAAGAUAUGGAUCCAGGAACGCCGGCGUUUCAUUACGGCACACACUAUUCGUGCUCUGCAUACGUGAUCAACUACCUAAUUCGCUUAGAACCUUUCACGGCUCUGGCAUUAGAGUUACAGGGAGGUGUCUUUGACCAUCCAGAUCGACUAUUCCGUAGUAUCCCGUCGUCCUGGACUUCCGCUUCCAGAGACAAUUUGCAAGACGUACGUGAACUCAUUCCUGAAUUUUUCUACCUCCCUGAAUUUCUCUACAAUGCCAACAAUUGUGUGUUCGGCACUACUCAAAGCGGUGAGGAAGUAUGGCACGUGAUUCUGCCGCCAUGGGCUCAUGGUGAUCCACGCGAAUUUGUACGAUUGAAUCGACGAGCACUGGAGUCCAAGUACGUCUCAGAGCAUCUUCAUGAGUGGAUUGAUCUAGUAUUUGGUGCCAAACAGACCGGUCAAGCUGCGGAGAAUGCCCAGAAUGUGUUUAUGCACUUCACAUAUGAAGGAACCGUGGACAUUGAGCAGAUCACAGACCCCAUAAUACGAGCGGCUACACUGGCGCAGAUUGAGAAUUUCGGACAAACUCCGUCGCGACUUUUUUCGAGUCCCCAUCCUCAACGUAAAGUACCAACACUAGUACCUACCGCAUCGGUUACCGAAGCAGGUUCACCGAUGAAUCCUUCUGUAGGACACCAAUACGAUGGAAUGACACUGAGUACUAUCGAGGCGUAUGUUAAGUGGCAUACUCCGUUGGCUCCGGCGCUGGUUGCGAUCGGGAAAGACUACGUGUUCAUGAAAAAGCACUCUGUUGUUGCAAUACAAGUGAAUGGAACUGCGAUUGGAGACGUCAAGUUAGUGCACGACAAGAUCCAGUGCCAAGGUGUGGGGUGCUGCUUUAUGCCUCCACGAUAUGCGAAAUAUUUGGAUUGGGGGAAUAACAGUGGAGUCAUGAAGCUUCGUGUGCAUCAGCAAAGUUCAGGCACCGGUCGAUAUCGCGAAGCCAAUAAAGUUCUCGCUGUGAUUGAAGGAGCACACCACGACGCUAUCAACUGCGCGUCAGUAUCGGAUGACGGUGCACUUCUUGUGACAGGAGGAGACGAUGCGGUCGUGAAUCUGAUUGAAUGCUCUAAAGCCUCGGACGGACGUCGAGUGUUUAAACAAGCAGCAAAGUUCGUUGGCCACAGUGACGCUGUCAUCUGUGUCGCCAUCAACAAGGAAUUCAAUUUAAUCGCAAGCGCCUCGGCAGAUCGAACUGUGUUGCUAUGGGAUUUACGAACGAGAGCGCUACUCCAGGAGCUAGCUGGACACGCCGCGACAGUCUCCCACGUUUCCAUCAACAGUGCGAAUGGAAAUGUGUUAACAGCAACGAGCUCGGAAAUACGACUGUGGAGUAUCAACGGGGAUCUUCUCGCAGCAUCAAGCUCGUCAGCUUUUGGUCUUCAUGCAAUUUCGCGUGCGAUAUCAACUCGCUGUGAUUCGUGGCAAAGUGGAGUUAUCGCGGUCACUGGCCACGUGAAUGGGGCAAUUGCCUUAUGGGGGAUCAGAUACCCAGCCGAUUUGGAGCGACAGAGGAAGGAGAACCAGGAUGCAGAAGCUUCAGAGUCUCCACGAAUCUGUACCUCACCAAGCAGCUCCAAGCGCACGGACUGUGUCAACAUGCCGGUGUCGAUUCUAGGCUCGUCAAGCCCGCGCACUCAGGUGAUACCUUCCUGCCAGCUUUUCAUUCUGAAACUUUUGCUUGAUCAUCGCGCGAAGGUGACAUCACUUACUCUCGGUCCGGAGCAACGACAACUGCUUUCUGGGGAUGAGGAAGGAAAUUGCAUUCGUUGGAUGGACGAUAGCGUCAGUACGAACAUCCACUAG